AGGGUACUAGAAUCAGGUGGUACGCGCGUCCUCCGUCGCUUUUCCGUGUCUCCUUGGCAACGGAAAGCAAUGUAACAAAAACCAUUCUAGCACCAUUCAACGACCGAACGUGCUGCAGUAGAACCAGCAGUAGAGCUGGCGAGGAAUAAACUUGACUUUUCUGGAGGCGAUUUUGGAUCCGACCUCUUUCAAGAUUCUUGUCUAGGUUACCGUCGCAUUCGUCCAUCCGUUCGGAGUUAGUCGGAAACGCGGAACCAUCGUUGUGCUUAAUCGAUAAAAGAAUCCACCUUCGUUUGCGUUCCAUCCCAGGUAUGUAUGUCGGUGUGGAGUUGAUCGGAAAAUUCAAGGUUGUCAAUAUCAUGGUCGGGUACUCAUCGUUUUCCUACUUUCAGUUUCAGUUCCCGAUCGAACGUCGUUGCAUCUGGUCGGUCGUGCGGUGUUGUUAUUCGCUGCUUUCAGGAUAUCCUUUGAAACAUUCAGCAUCGUGGCUUCGUUCGGGCGUGCAGUUAAAAUGGUAGUGCAACCAGAUCGCGUGUGAAUUAUCGCAAAUUUAUGACCUAAUUUUUGGUGCCGCAGUAUUUGAAUUCCGCAGCAAAGAGUGAACCUGUUCCGCUUGAAUAAGAAUGUUGCGCAAGUUUAGAGUGAUACGAACAAGAUUUGGUUAGAAGGAGCACUUCAAUCUAACGGCUUUAAGGGGGCACCCCGUAUGGUGUGCGUUUGCUACCGCAAUGAACACAUCGAAAUGGCUUCCGAAACAGCACCAGGAGGUGAUCAAGCUGUUCGAGCAAUCGCGCCAAUUGGAACGAGAGCUUCGGAUACUGGGCAAGAAGUUUGCCACGGAUAUUAAUAUUGAUCUGCCCGACUACUAUGAAUUCGAACGGUUGCUACAACAAAGUCGCGAAUGCUUCGAACGGUCCGCCCACGUGCAGACGCGUUUAAUACGUAUGUCGGCGUCAUCGGCGGACAAAAAUGUGGAGCGAAGUUUCUUCAAGAUUUUGCUGAAUCGAAAGGCACACCUGAUACGGCAGAACUUGCGUAAGCGCAAUCUUCAGCUGAUAUUUAUCAUCAACAAAAUGAUCAAGCUAAUGCUCGCCGCUACGUAUACGUCGGAAAUUGUCGUCGAUGGAGCAUUACUGCUGUGCACGCUCCACAACGAAAGCGUAAUCUUGGCUCAAAAGACAACACAGGCCCGCACGCAAACGAAUGCACAAGUGUGCAGCAAUUCUUUCCCUCCCUUAAUGUCCACUCCGAAAAAGGUCGACGUUGGAACGAUCCUGCAGAUCAUCACGAAACAACGUGCCGAGGAUUGCUGCAGUACGCUGAUCAACUGUCUGCUGACCACCUGUAAGGGUGCAUUGACGGUAGCGAACGAGGAGAAUGAAUCGGACACCUCGAGUGUGGAAAUUCUGCGCGCCUUAACGACAAACCUACAGGGAUCGGAAGUGGGCAAACAUAUCGAUCCAAUACAGGAGGAGAUGAACGUUCGGCGUAAAGCGAGUGUGAACAUGAUUUCGAGUGGAGAAAUCCACACCCGUGGUAGAGCCACACCGGGCCGCAAGGUGGUAAUUACGCCCAUCAUCAAACCGGAAUCACGCGAACUGGACGAAUCUGAGCAUAAUGAUCCGGCAAUAAAUUUCUUCGAUGAAAUGGCCGCCGAAGCAGUGGCGUACAACUCGAUCAACUAUCUUGUCAAUGAACCGGACGGUAUGGAUCUGUUGGAGAAUUUGAUUGCCGAUGAGGAAAUCUUUGUAGCGAACGUUAUCAUGAAGGUGAUCAAAUACUGUCCAUCGGCAUUUGAGCGAGAGCUUACCAAAGCGGAACUCAUCAAAUGGGUCAAUCGCGGUACUCGGGGACUUUGGACGCAGGUUGGUGGAUCGUUGGAGCACGUUGUGCUCUGGUGGAGUUCUUCGCCGUUGGCCUGUCGGCCAGCGGCUUGUGCAAAAUAUUUGCGCGAUUGGCUAUCGCUGUUACAGCCAGAUGAAGCACCGGAACCGAUACUGUCCACGCUAAAGGGAUUGGGUGAAACACUCACGGUGCAUGUGACGAGUACGAUUUGGGACAAACAGUUCCGUUUAGCGGUUGUUUCUUCUAGCCUUCCGGUGGAUUUUCCCUUCGAAGAGGGGGAAUUUUGUGGAAAGAAUGUGAUUGUUGAAGGAACAGUUUGUGGCAAAGUUUGGAGCGAGUUACUGUACCAGUUGGUACAACUAUCGAACACGUGUGACAUCGGAACUAUCGCCAACGAGCUACCACUGGUGGAACAGAUUCCGGUUCUGCAUCGGCUCGAUCAUUCCAUUCAUUCUAUGCGCAUCUGGGCGGCCAAUAAGGCACGAUCGCUGUGCACCGAUUGGAACAUGAUGAUGUUCUUCAAGGUUGUCCACAGUGAUAUAGGAUUGUGUUUGGAGCAGUUACAGUACAUACGCGUGCCGGAGUUGGCUGCUGACGAUCCACUGGAAGUGCAAGUGCAGGUUUGUGUUGCGCUGCGGGCAAAACUUGUAUCGGAAAUCAAGGAAAACAUCAUCAAGCUGAAAGCGACCUGCACCGAAUGUAUCGAUGUGCUAGCCGCCGUCUGUCGUACUACGAGCCUUGCAUCGCUGACGCUUUGCUUUCCGUACUUCAAGCACUGGCAGACGGAAGUGUUACAGGAACGGGCCAACGAAUAUGUGGCCUAUUUUUUCAACCAAAUCUAUCUGCCUGUAAUACAGGCGACGAAAGACAUUGAAAUACUGAAGCUAACGCUAAAGAUCAUCUGUGAAGCUUGGCUCGAUCAUAUUUACAUGAAAAAGACCAAAUUCAGCAGCGCGGGCGCAUUGAACUUGCUGAAGGAUUUCGACGGUGUCGCCGAGUGGAUCAAUGCUUGUGAAGCGCUGGAUGAACGGUUACGGGAAAUUUUGGCCCAUCAUGAAGUGCUGCGAAUGUGCGAAGGUGUAGGCAAACUACUGCUCCGGAAACCUGAGGAGACAAUAUCCAUUCUGCCAAGUCCAUCGAAAGCGGGCAAGAAAAGCGAUGAAACUGCCGACGAGAAAGCGCCACUGCCACCGGAAAUGUUUGUUCCGAAUCAAAAGCGUUGGUUGGAGUUGCGGGCCCGCGAUCGACGAGCGGUCAACCUGAACUGCCUGUGUCUUUGCGCGGGAAUGGACGUAUACUAAUGGCAUUCGUGUGAUUUUACUAAGCCUAAUAAUUAAGCAUAUGGAAUUGUUUUGAAUCAUCCACUUUUUUAAAUCAUUUAUAUUCGCUAUUGUUUAAUGUUUAGACAUUUCUGCCGUCCGAUUUAAGGUUAAUAUAUAGAAAUAAAACUAAAUUAUUAGCACAAAAA